CACUCCCCGGAACCGGCGGCGGAGCUGCGAUCGCAGGCAGUGGAACGGCGACGGCACCCCGGAGCCGCCGGCAUGAGCUGCCCCCGCCGCCCCGCGUUCCGGGCCCGGCCUUUCUGACAAGAGCUAGACUUUGGACUCCUUGAGUAUUUUCCAUUUUGUACUUUGGAAUAGCCCCUCACAGUAUCCAGCAUGAAGUAACCUUCUUAAUGAUUAUCCUCAGCAGGACAAUGCACGGCGGCUGGCACCACCGGGGCAGGAAUACGUACCUCGGGGAAGGUGCCAGGGGGUACCUCGGGGAAGUAGGCUCCAGCACUUGAACUGAUUGCCGACAGAUACCACAGCUAUUUGAGGCUUGGAAGUUUCAGGGGAGCCUCUAGCCAGAGUGCUUGGUGUUGCCGCCCCGUGAAGACAAGUCUCUGAAAUUGUGGUCACCGCAGUUAGAAAACAGGGAUGGACCGUUAGACUUCGAAGCUCGCUUUUGAGGAGUUUUCCAUCAUUUGAGAUACGGUGUGAGAGGUUUGCUGUUGUGUUACAAUCAUGGUGCAGAAAUACCAGUCACCAGUGAGGGUGUAUAAACACCCCUUUGAGUUAAUUAUGGCUGCCUACGAAAGGAGGUUCCCUACGUGUCCUUUGAUCCCGAUGUUUGUGGACAGUGACACCGUGAACGAGUUCAAGAGUGAAGACGGGGCCGUUCACAUCAUAGAACGGCGCUGCAAGCUGGACAUAGACGCACCAAGGCUGCUGAAAAAGAUCGCAGGAGUCGAUUAUGUUUAUUUUGUCCAAAAAAACUCACUGAAUUCUCGGGAACGUACUUUGCACAUCGAGGCCCAUAACGAAACGUUCUCCAACCGGGUCAUCAUCCACGAACAUUGCUGCUACACUGUUCACCCUGAAAACGAAGAUUGGACCUGUUUUGAACAGUCUGCAAGUUUAGAUAUUAAAUCUUUCUUUGGUUUCGAAAGUACAGUGGAAAAAAUUGCAAUGAAACAAUACACCAGCAACAUAAAAAAAGGGAAAGAAAUCAUUGAAUACUAUCUUCGUCAGCUGGAAGAAGAAGGCAUCACGUUCGUGCCCCGUUGGACUCCGCCUCCCAUAGCUUCCUCUUCAGAGACGACCUCGUCCUGCAAGAAACAGGCGGCGUCCUCGGCUGCUGUCGUCUCGGAUGCUGCCCAGGCGGAGGGGCUGGGCGGCGAGGCCCUCAGCAGCCCCAGCGGGCCGCCCGAGCCGGCGGCGGGGACCCCUGAAGACAAACUAGACGCAGACUACAUCAAGAGAUACCUGGGGGACCUGACCCCGCUGCAGGAGAGUUGCCUGAUCCGGCUUCGCCAGUGGCUCCAGGAAACCCACAAGGGCAAAAUUCCAAAGGAUGAGCACAUUCUUCGGUUCUUACGUGCCCGGGACUUCAACAUCGACAAAGCCAGGGAGAUCAUGUGUCAGUCUUUGACUUGGCGGAAGCAGCACCAGGUGGACUACAUCCUCGAUACCUGGAGCCCCCCCCAGGUCCUCCAGGACUACUACGCCGGAGGCUGGCACCAUCACGACAAAGACGGCCGGCCGCUCUACGUGCUCAGGCUGGGGCAGAUGGACACCAAGGGUUUGGUGCGAGCGCUCGGGGAGGAGGCUUUGCUGCGAUACGUUCUCUCCAUAAACGAAGAAGGGCUGAGACGGUGUGAGGAAAACACAAAAGUCUUUGGUCGACCUAUCAGUUCGUGGACCUGCCUGGUGGACCUGGAGGGUCUGAACAUGCGCCACCUGUGGAGACCCGGCGUCAAGGCCUUGCUGCGCAUCAUAGAGGUGGUCGAGGCCAACUACCCCGAGACGCUCGGCCGCCUCCUCAUUCUUCGCGCCCCCAGGGUGUUUCCCGUCCUCUGGACGCUGGUUAGUCCAUUCAUCGAUGACAACACCAGAAGGAAAUUCCUGAUUUACGCAGGAAAUGACUACCAGGGUCCUGGCGGCCUGCUGGAUUACAUCGAUAAAGAGAUUAUUCCAGAUUUCCUGAGCGGGGAGUGCAUGUGCGAAGUGCCCGAGGGCGGACUGGUUCCCAAAUCUCUGUACAGGACCGCGGAGGAGCUGGAGAACGAAGACCUCAAGCUGUGCACUGAGACCAUCUACCAGUCUGCCAGCGUCUUCAAGGGAGCCCCGCACGAGAUCCUCAUUCAGAUUGUGGAUGCCUCUUCGGUGAUCACUUGGGAUUUUGACGUGUGCAAAGGGGACAUCGUCUUCAACAUCUACCACUCCAAGAGGUCGCCCCAGCCUCCCAAAAAGGACUCCCUGGGGGCGCACAGCAUCACUUCCCCGGGAGGGAACAACGUGCAGCUGAUAGACCGAGUCUGGCAGCCGGGCCGUGACUACAGCAUGGUCGAGUCCCCUCUGAUCUGCAAAGAAGGGGAGAGCGUGCAGGGCUCGCACGUGACGCGGUGGCCGGGCUUCUACAUCCUGCAGUGGAAGUUCCACAGCAUGCCCGCGUGUGCCGCCACCAACCUGCCCCGGGUGGACGACGUGCUGGCCUCGCUGCAGGUGUCCUCCCACAAGUGCAAAGUGAUGUACUACACCGAGGUGAUCGGGUCCGAGGACUUCCGGGGCUCCAUGACCAGCCUGGAGUCCAGCCACAGCGGGUUCUCGCAGCUGAGCGCCGCCACCACGUCCUCCAGCCAGUCUCACUGCGGCUCCAUGGUUUCCAGGUAGUGCCGCCACGCCCGUGCCCGGUGCGCGGAGGGGACAGCGCGCCUCCUCGGACGGCCCGCCGCGCUCCGCCCCCUGCCGGCGGCCGCGUUGUGCCGACUCGUCCCCUUGUAGGCAGCGGAUAGCUCUCCAGACGGCAGACGUAGUCCUCCGCCCCAGACCCUCUCGGCAGGUAGUUUUAACUCUAACUCGAUAGCCAUAGAUUUUGUACACAGUGGGCACAAAAUCAAACCAGAGCACAAGGGCUCCCUCGAAAGGCAAGCGGCUCGUGUACACUUAAGACGUUGACUUUGUCUCCGAAGCUGAUGCAAAAAACGUUUCCGACAACCUCCACACGCUGCCCGUUAGCGGGUGGGUCCCCACACCGUCCUUCAGAGACGAGCCACCCCCCUCCACGGAGCGGAAGCUGCCAGCUGGUCCCCACCCCGCGUCGCACAGCCGACCCGGCCCGCAGGUUGAGUGGCCGCCUCCGACCACCCCCCCCCCCACCCCGACCCCGACCCCCGUUCCCGGGGGGCAGACCUGCUACGCCGGGAGGCGGCCGGUGGGAGCGCCGAGCUCUGCUCCCGCGGGCAGGUGCGUCCGCGGUCAGGGGACCCUCGGGGACUCCCCUGCGACGCCAGGAAACCACCGCCGUCAUUAAACACUUCCUCUUGCCUCCUUUUCACACCUUUUUGAUACUCUCAGAGCAGGAUUUUUCUGUAAGUGAACCCGCAGGGAAGGGAUUCUUGCCCUCUUCCCGUGGCGUGGCGUCCUCUCUCCCUGCGGACGCUGGUUCAGAACUCCCUCCAGCGUUAAUCCCGGUGCCUCCUCAGAGCCUAACAGCAUCGGGGCCCCGGUGGUCCUUCUCGUCACUGGAGGGGUAUUUUGAAGGCCCAGUCGCUUUGGCCACGUUGAGAUCGUCCGGUGUCCACUUCAGCCAACCGUGUUCUCGCCGUGUGG